CUUUGUUUUAAGGCAAAUGGAGAGCAAUGGUUUGGUUCUCACACUGAUUCAACUUCUGCUUCAAAUACCUUACUACAUUUAAAUUUGUUGUUCGAGUUGUUUUACGCUUCUAAUGUUCUGUACAUAAUUUAUCUGCCAACACUUAGUCGUUUAUAGUCUCAUAUACACAUCUCUCAUAGGCCUUUUCUCAAUUGGAUUUGCUGAACUCCUGUGUCCUCUCUCGCCUCCUUGUGAAAAAAGUCAAAGAUAAUGAAGGAGGGGUGGCGAGUAGAGGGAAGGUGUAUGGAGAUGUGCUUGUUUGAAAUGAAACGGUCCUUCUCCACUGCACGUCAUCAGGCAAAUUAAGUUUACAGGGGUGUAAUCCCAAAAGAAAUGUGUAAAGUGCUAAAAACACAUUUAGCUGUUGUGCUAGACAUUUUAUAGAUCGUUUUUAAAUGUUUGCAUGCUUUUCUCCUCUGAGAAGGAAAUAUCUGAUUCAAAUGGGGUGUGGCAGAUUUCAAAACUCUUCCGCAAAGAACUCCGGUAGGUUACACAGAACUCGGUAGGAUACACAUGACUAUCCUCGAUGAAAGUGGCUAUCGAGGAGGACCGGACACUCUUCCAUUAGCCUAUAAACAAAUUAACACUCUCCUCGACCAUGUCAGUCUCCACGUCAUGGAGGAGAGAGGAAAGAGGACAGACUUUUUCUCAAAUGAGACCAUAGUCUCAGCAAACACACCUUGGGUAUCAGGUGCUAUUUACUUUAUGGUUGAUUAACCUCAAUUCAAUAUUUUUCCUAUUUUUCUCACCCCCUUUAGCCGAACAUUUUAUAGAGGUGCCUCUUGCUUUACCAUACAUGACCUGUCGCUCCCGAAUGCACAAUGUUCCUGUCUACACUUACCUCACCCAUGGCAGCCGCAACAAGGUUGAAGGGGACAUCUGGGCUUUUGAGAAGGAUGUUAAGGAGUACCUGCAACAGCUUACUGGCAAAGACCUGCCAACCCAGGUCAAUGAAGUGACCAUGACAAUUCGAGUCAAAGGUCACUUUGAUACAGCGCUGAAGGAGUUGCUGGUGAAGAAGGGAUUCUAAGUGGACCUUUGGCGAGGAGGUAAACUGUCGCAGAACAGUUGUCAAAGAAAAAUAGUGCUUACUUUUCUAUAUGCACCCAACAUUUUGAAAUGAGUGGAUAAAUAAGAGACAGUUGUUUAUUUAUGUCCAUGUCAAUUAUAUUUGUUUGUAUGUAACACCUUACGCUCAAAUGACAAGAGUUCUUCAAAUUUGAAUCAUUAAAUGGCCAAUUGCUAUGGGGGAU